AUGAUGAAGGCGAGGAGAGUGGUAAUGUUUCCCGCACCAGGUGCUGGGCACCUGCUCUCCAUGAUCGAGCUGGCCAGGCAAAUUCUGCAACACACCCACAACCUCUCCAUAACCGUCCUCAUCAUCCGACCUCCUUCCUCAUCAACUUUUGCCUCUUCCUCCAUUUCCUACCACCUUGAUGCCGUGGCUGCCUCCGAACUCGACAUCAACUUCAGGGAGCUUCCUCAAGCUGCUUUUCCAGAAGUUGAAUCGGAAGGCCUGGCGUGCAACCUACGCUUCAUAGACAACCACAAGCCCGCCGUCUCGGAGGCCCUCACCGCUCUCCAGGAGACUACCACCAUCACUGCCUUCAUCGUCGACUUGUUCUGCAUCUCCUCAACCAGUGCCUCUCUAGAUCUCGGCAUCCCCAUUCCUCUUCUUCACAUCCGGAGCAACCACGACGUGCAUCGUGAUUUACUUGCCGGAGAUGGACUGGAAGUAUGA